AUACUAGUACUUCUCUUUCUCUAAACAUAGAAAAUUCACCGAGAUUUUAACAGACACACAAUAAUAAUAUCAAAAAAUAAUUAUGACAACAAUAUUAGCACCCAAUCUCACCCACACACUCCCAGCCAACCAUUCAACACUUAGUCAAUCACGAGUAGUCAGGUUCCGUCGCAUCAUGGCUAGCGCCGUAACAGCAACCGAACAGUUCACUGGCUAUCACCCAUCGCUCGAAGUGUUGGGUGGAGCGCGUGACUUGUGGUGUCCUGUUCUCAAGACUCAUUUGGAACGUCCGUACGAACAUUACCCGGUGUUCGGGUCAAAUCGUCACGUAGAGACCAUAUUUGCGGCGUUCUUUCGAGACAUACCUGAUGUGAAGCUGAAACGCGAGUGUCUUAGGACCCAAGAUGAUGGGACCGUUACACUUGAUUGGGUUUCUGGCGAUGCCCGAAACUUGCCCGAAAAUUCCCCUGUUUUACUCUUACUUCCUGGUUUGUCUGGAGGAAGUGAUGAUUCAUAUGUAAGGCAUAUGUUGGUGAGAGCCAGAAAUAAAGGGUGGCGUGUGGUGGUUUUCAAUAGCCGUGGUUGUGCUGAUAGCCCUGUUACCACCCCUCAGAUGUAUUCUGGUUCAUUUUUAGGAGAUCUUGAUGAAGUAGUGAAACAUGUUGGUAGUAGGUAUCCUAAAGCCAAUCUAUAUGGUGCUGGUUGGUCCAUGGGAGCUAAUAUUCUUGUUCAAUAUUUGGGAAAGGAGGCAGGUGCACGCAGAUUUUCUGGUGCGGUUUCCUUGUGUAAUCCUUUCGAUUUGGUUAAGUCAGACCAGGAUUUGUGUCAGGGAUUUAACAAAAUUUAUAAUAGAUCGCUUGGCAAGGCUUUGAGUGGCAUUUUAAAGAAGCAUCUUAUGUUGUUUGAAGACCUUGGAGGUGAGUACAAUAUCCCGUUGGCGGCUAAUGCUGAAGUUAUCCGGGAUUAUGAUGAAGGAUUAACUCGAGUUUCUUUUGGUUUCAAGUCAGUAGAUGAGUACUUGCAGAAUUCAUGCAGUGCAGAUUACAUAAAGCAUGUUCAAACACCUUUGCUUUGCAUUCAGGCUAAAAAUGAUCCAAUUGCACCUGAUAGAGCAAUCCCUCGAGAAGAUAUCAAGAAGAACCUGAAUUGUUUGCUGAUCGUUACACCUCAAGGUGGUCAUUUAGGGUGGGUUGCAGGCGAGAAUGCUCCCCGAGGUUGCCCAUGGACUGAUCCUAUGGUGAUGGAUUUCCUUCAACAUCUCGAAAAUGAGAAAUCAAGUUCACUACAAGCUACGAAUACCAUAGAAAAAGAGUAAAGAUGGUUGAUCAUAAUUGGUACCCAAGAUAUAUUUCUACAAUCGACUAGCUGGAUAUGAAGGCAGAAAUAUUUUUGGACUAUUGUUAUUUGAAUAAUCAUCAAUAUUAACAUUAACAUGAAAUAUAAAUUAGAAAGUCACAAGUUUUGUUCU